CGACACACGUUCCCAAGAUGCUACAAGAAUUGAAAUGUCAAUCAACUGUCAGACGGUCAGCUACUGUUAAAAUUUCAAACAAAAACAAUCGUAAUCUCUUGAAAACGCAAGCGAAGAAAAAUGGACCAAACGUUGGAUGCUAUUCUCCAAAAGCAAUUAGAUACCAUUCAACGUAUCGAACUGUUUCUGGACAUAUAUAAGUGUAAAGAGUUCGUCGCAGCCGAUCUAAACAAAUUGAAGGAGGAUUCGGGUGAAGCGGCGGAGAAAUUAUCGCGCACCAGGGAAUACCUCGAAACGGACCGAAAGGAUGUGUGUUCACAGUUCAUCAAAAUAAUGCAGAAAAUGCGACGCAACGAACUACUUAUGCUUCAUCUGUGGGAAGUUGGACCACACAGCGAGGCGGCAAAUGCUAAACCUGCUCAAUCAGAUACACCGAAAUCAAUGCCACUCAAGGAGCUGCAGAACGACAACCCCUCGAAAAUGCACCUCACAGACUAUUCUAAAUCUCCGUUUGCAACACGGUCCAAGUCCAAGGAUAUACAUUUUUAUGACUUUGAUGCAGAAAUAACGGAAGAAGAAUUUGAGACGAUCCCCAAGUAUUUGCGGGGUCGCAUGCAACUGUCCGAACUGAUCCAGUUCCUUGAAAAGGAUGUGAUUAAAUGCUUCGAGGAGAAAUACACGCUUAUGUACAAACAUCGCAAGGCUGUUUCCAACCAGCAUGAUCUUACUGCUUGGAAAGAUUACAACAGCAUGCAGGCAAAGUUUCCUGAUCGUAAAUUCAUCACGCAGGACGAUCUAUUGCACAAAUCUGGCAAAGCAUUGGACAAGAAGAGCUAUGCAAAGUUACAAAUGCUUCGAUAUCUUCACAUUCUCCAAGAAGUGCGCUCUGAGGGAACAGUGUACUUCCUGUGGAUUUACAGCAGAUAACAGGAUUCGUUUCGCAGCACUUUUUAUUACAAAAUACACGCAAGGUCCGAGAAGGGCCAUCUUACACAUUAAA